UUCCAUUCAGUCACCUACCAUCUUUCACGCGGGAGAGAUCCUCUCGCCGUGUUAAACUAGCUUUUUAACACUGACCGCGAAAAUUUAAACAUGAUCUAGUUUUUUUUUUAUUAUUUAAAAGACCUCGUUACUUUCAUUUGACUGUUAACCUUGGCCCUAAAUGGUCCGUGUAACUUGUUGAUUAAGUGUGCUGCGCAAGUGCUAUUUUUUUAUUAUUGUUCGGCAUAAGUGUCAACAUGUUUGGAACCAUGGAAAUCUUGAUGUGGAAUUAACAAACACUAUUUUGUGAUCGACCGCAAGUCAAACUAACGUAAAAAUGAAUGCUUCAGUGUAUGCCUCCUCUUGUCCAACACUGCAGUCAAACUUAUCAUUACACAGUUCCUCAUACUAUAAUGAAUACAGUAGCUCUGCCAGAAGAAGAUUAUCAUCCACGGGUGAAGCAGAUACAUCGGCAACUUCAAGCUACGAGGGCAGUGACAGCUCAGAAAAUAGCGAUGAAACUCGGCUAGAACCUGUUACACAAGUCGAACGUGAGCAAGUCGAAACAUUUUUUCGAGGUCUCAAAACCCAGGUGUUCGUUUGUGAAUCCCUGGCAAACCUGUAUCUUGGUAAUGCGUCACAGCCGGAAGGGUGGGUACUGCGAUUCACGGGAAUUCCAGUUGUGGUUCUGGACUUAGGAGAAACGAGAUCUCGAACCAAGAGAAGAAUUCAAAUUCUACUAGCUGAACGAGGCACAUGUUUCACUUUGUGGAGAGAAACCAUCGACAACUUGUCGUCCUACAAGGUAUCUGGUCCAGCUUUUCACACUAUGUGUCUCUCAUCAGAUCAUACGAGACUAGCUGGAAUUAGUUUUGACAAUCCAAAAGCAGCAAGUGAUCUCUGGCAACACAUAGAAUGUCUAGUGGCAUGUCCAGAGAACAUCAGUUUGUCGGUGCCAGGGAAAAAGAAAAAGAAGAAGCCAACUCAAAAGAAGUUUGUACUACCAGCGAAGAGCAACAUCAGUCAGCCUUGUCAAUUUCAGCACGUAACUAGCGUAGAUUUAGCUGACAGAUCGCGAUAUUUUUCCCUGCAAACGUUGGUGCCACCACCAAACGAGCUAGAGAGCACUCAAGAUCCUAGAUUUUAAAUGACACAGUGCUGUGGAGAUUUAAAACUGAAGACGUCCGCGCAAAGGCGCUCAUAUUUUCCUUAGUUUCUUCUCCCUCACUCCUCAUUAUUCUUAGAAGCUGAGUCAAGUCACUCGCGUCAACUUCAAUCGUAGAAUUAGAUAUUGUCAAUUAAGAGAAGUCAAGUCAAAUUCAAAGAUAAUAUGGAUCACGUACUUCUCCCGUCAUUAAUAGCUUGCGAAAGUAGAAGUUAAUAAUUGAAAGUGUGCUGAUGUAGUGUAGCAAAUAUGUUUUGCUUCCGUAAGAAAUUAGACAUAUAAGCUUCUUCACGAUUACUGAAAAGCGUAUUCCGUAUAGUAUGUGACUUCUCAUCAACCUCACAAAAUAUGUAAACGUCAAUAAUUUGAAAUUAUAUUUUCGAAUAGUCUACAGUAUUUUGUGCUAUUUGGUUACUGUCGCACAAUUUUGUUGUCUUUUUAUUAGACACGGAUGUAAAUAUAUACAAAAAUUUCAAUUUUUCUUGACUGUCUUUCGGAAACAACUUUUUCAUUCUUUCUCCGAUAUUUUGUUGCAAUAAUCGAAGAAAUUCUUCGUGUAUCCUUGAUUUAACAUAUUUAUAAUGUUGUAAAAGUAAUGAUUGCAUUAUUAUUUCACUCAAUUUGAUCCUGAGAACAAAUUAAACUUCAAAAACCAAAGUUUUCAAAUGACAGUUUGCAAAAAAAUACAAUGUAAUACAAUUAUUAAUGUAAUUUUGUUGAUAAACGUUGAUACUGAUAAUAAUGUCUUCCAAAUUUAAUUUUCAUUCGAAAAAUAAUAUAUCUCAAUAUUUCUAUUAAAGAGUUCUGAGAACGUCACUAAUUUUUAUUUAUUUCAAAGUUAUUAUGAUCUUUAAUUUUUAUCAAGAUACGUGAAAAGUUACAUCAUAAAUUGAAAGCUAUUUUAAAGUUCUUUUGUCAUUCUCUGUAAUCAUAAAAGUAGAAAAAUCCAUUAUCGAAUGGGUAUGACUUGAAUUAUUGUCUUUUGAUAUAUUUGAUACACGUUGAAAUUUUUUUGUAAAGUAAUUAGGAUUUCGGUUAUAAAAAUUGAAUUUUUCAAAAUGCCUAUAGACUUAAUUCCAUUUGAAUGAAUGUCUUAAAAUUAUGUAUUUGUUUUCAAUAUAAGCAAAAAGCAAAUUGUUUAUAUAGAAUGUUAUGAAAAGUUUGAAAGCAAGUUUUGUAGAGGCUGAAUAAAAAGUUUAAUCUUCAAGUUUUCUCCAGUACAUGUAGUAUCUAUGGAAAGAAUUUAUUUGUAAGUAUAGUACUGCAAUUCGCAUAGUAAACUUUGAAGAUUAAAUAUAAUUAGCAAACUACAAGAUAUAUAAAGGGUUUUGUAUGUGCUUAUUGCGUAAAUAUCACGAGACUAUGUUACAUAUAUAAGUAUAAUAUUAUAGAAACUUACUAGAAGUGUAUUACUUCAUGGUUAAUAAGAAGACUGGAUUUAUUGUCCUAUAUUAUAUUUUAGCCAUAGUUCAAAUAAAAGUUACUGGUCGAAAGGACUACUGGACUUAGAUAUACAUCAAUAGUAAAUCAUUCAACUGUUGAAACUUUAACCACUGAUCUGACUCGCCGUUUUUUUUUUUUUUAUUGAUAGCAAUUUUUCAUUCUAUUCAUUCAAAGAAACCCAUUGGCAUAACAAGACUCUCUCUUUAAAUUCAAGAGGAACAUUCAAGAGGAUUUUUUUUUCAAUGAAUCUCUACUUGUAGCAAAAUUAAUUCAGUUUAUGUAAAAAGUACUUCCACUCGGUUCUACAAUUUCCGUACAAUACUUGUGUGUCAAGGCCAUCUUUUCGAGUAGUUAAAAUUUAAGGCAACUAAAAUUACUUACCUUUUUGAAACAUAUUACGAAAUUGCACGAAAUUCACGAUAUCAUAAUUUGUAUUAUUCAAUUGCCAAAAGCGGCCACAAUAUUCCUUUUAGUAUCUAUAUAGCAUAUAUAAUCAUAUGUUUACUAUCUUAAAAUAAAAAUUUGAACAUAUUAUUAAAUAAUAUUGUAAACAAUACGCGACCUUCAAACUAUAGGGUUCUAUCAUGAAUUUUGGAACUCACUUAAUUUUCAUUUGGUUUCUGUUACUUCAUAUACCGGACAAUUAAAAAUCAAGGAAUAUUAAAGAUUCAAGAUAAAAUACGAUCUUAUGGUAAUAAGUUCACGUAUAUAUUUAUCAUUGAAAGUAUUAUUAUUAAUACUUAAUGUAUGAAUGAAUAGAAAUGUUUAUGUAUAUCGUGCGAAUUAUAAAAUCAAGGACGGCAAAUAUUAUAAUAUUAUAUUUGAUCAACAUGAACAGCUCUAUAUUUCUGAAGUGUGCUUGUGAAAAUCUAAUUUCUCUUUGAGAAUUUCAGGAAAAUAUUUUUUGUACAUACACUGCUUGUACUUUUGUUACGUCAACCAGUCCUUAAAUUCACGAAAGAGGUUAUGCAUUAUACUGGAUAAAUUGAAAAUGACAUAGCAUUUAUCAAUAUUUUUUUUUUCUGCAAUAUUAUUAUUCUUUAUUUUCUUUUAUACCUGUCGUCGAAGCAACUCCUCUGUAUCAUAAAAUUACAAAAAUUGCCGCAGUUGCAAACAGAUUUUGUAUUUCUUCGAGUUGAUUGAACUAAUUGUUUAUCUACGACUGUGAUAUAUUUGUAAAGCAUUAUGUUGUACAACUUGUACCCACAGUAAAUUUAAUUGAUUUUUCAUACAUAAGGUUAUAUAAGUAUAUUGUCUAUGUAAUGAUUUGUGCUAAUAAACGGUAUCAACAUCCGUGAAACUAUUA